AGAAGAGAGAAGCCACAAUCAAUAUCUACAUCAACAAAGAGAUCAUUUUCCCUAAUGGAAACCAUUGUUAAGCUUUCAAUCACUCUUCUUCUUCUUCUUACACUUCUCACCAAAGGUGUUUGUAGUUGUGGUUUGAACAAUAUAACAGUUGGAACAAUAAGGAGUGGUGUAGAAAUAAAGGGAAAGCCAGAAUGGAAUGUGGUUGUGGUGAACAAUUGUGAUUGCCCAAUGCAAAAAAUGGUAUUGUCUUGCAAUGAUUUUCAGACAACAGAGCCAGUGGAUCCAACUAUUUUCAAGCCUUUGGGAAACAAUGAGUGUAGUGUCAACAAUGGCAAUGUCAUACCAGGAAAGAAUACUGUCAGCUUCUCUUAUGCUUGGGAUCCUCCUUUUUUCCUUAGGCCAACUUUUGUUACUACUUCCUGUUGAAACUAUAAAUCACUAUAUAGAGG